UAUGCCGCAGCUUACCGUAUUCGGGCGCCGGAAUUUUUAUCUGGCCAGGUGAUAUUCUUGGCUGCAGCUCUGCUGAUUCUGAUUGUGACGUUCAUCAUUGUUCGAUGUUUCUCAUCGAAAUUACCGUCUAAGUUGUGGGAUAGUAUCCCAUUCGUAGCCUGGUUCAUUCAGCUAGGGCAUCUGGUCUGUGAUAUGUGGUUGUACAGCGUACCACGCAUGCCUGGUGACUCGGUGGCGUGGGCCCUUCUUUACACAUACAUGGUGUACCUCCUGCUACCCCUAAGGUUGAGUGUCUGCCUCAUUCUCAGCAUCGUGAUGGCAUUCGUGCAUCUACUGCUUGUAGGAGUUUUGCCUAAACCCAUUGACUUCACUGAGAAUCAACUUGGCGCCAAUGUUCUCCUUUUUGUGUGCGCCAACCUACUGGGAACUUUAUCAUAUUUCUUCCUGGAAAGGCGGCAAAGACGAGCCUUCCUAGAAACACGACAAAGUCUGGAGGCUAAGUUAGUACUUGAGGAAGAAUCUCAGGAACAAGAAUUACUCUUGCUCUCUGUUCUACCGGCGCAUGUAGCUGCUGAUAUUAGGAAUGACUUGGGUGAAGUAGUUACUGGCCAAUUCAAAAAAAUCUAUAUGAAAAGGCAUGAAAAUGUGAGCAUACUGUUUGCUGAUAUUGUCGGAUUUACUGCCAUAUCUUCAACAUGUACAGCUCCGGAAUUGGUUAAAAUUCUGAAUGAGUUAUUUGCCCGGUUCGAUAAACUUUCUGAGAAAUAUCAUCAGCUGAGGAUAAAAAUCCUUGGUGACUGUUACUACUGUAUCAGUGGCGCUCCCGAAGAAAGGCCAGAUCAUGCUGUGCUUUGCGUUCACAUGGGUCUCAGUAUGGUUGAUGCAAUCAAGUCCGUUCGUGAAAAAACAAACUCGGGUGUAGACAUGCGUGUUGGUGUUCACACAGGAGCCAUCUUAGCAGGCGUGAUGGGACAACGACAGUGGCAGUUCGAUGUCUACAGCAGAGAUGUUGUCCUUGCUAAUAAAAUGGAGAGUUCUGGUAUGCCUGGGCGUGUACACAUAUCAGAGAAGACGUUGAGCUUUUUGAAUGGAGAGUUUGAAGUAACGGCUGGGGAUGGAAUGUCCCGAGAAGAGGCAUUACGAUCGGCUGGUCUGGAAACUUACUUCAUUGUGCGAGUGCUAAAACCGUAUCCAAUGGGCACUCUUGACGAGAAAACAGAACAAAAUGGAAGAGGAGGAAAAGAUGAUGAGACGUCAAAGUUGACUGGAGAUGGAGAGAAAAAUUUCUUGGAAGACUACAAGGCUCGUCUACAUGAAGAACUUCUUGGCAGAGACACAAAAGGGCACAUCAGAGAACACGCCAAUAUCUUGACUUUAUUUUUCAAAAAUCCGGUUCUUGAAAAAGAAUUCAGGAAAAUUAAAGACACUGUUAGCGUUGUCUCUUUGUCGGGCUUGCCACUCAUCUUAUUCUUCUGUACAGCUGCUUACUUCUUAGUCAUGUCGGGAAGUAUCGUAGCUGCAGUAUGUCUUCCGGCUGGUGUUCUGUUGCUGUCCGCUGUCGCCACAAUAUGCAUUGUACCUGUUGGUCUUAAAACGGGGCCGCCUAUGCUCCUCAGAGCUUGCAAUAAAAUCCUAGAAAGACCAUGUUUAAGGUUCACUAUCAUACUUAUAAUGGUUAUCAUCUGGUGCGUCGUCCAUAUCUUGUCUACGAUAUAUAGUAACCAUUGGCCUCAAUCUGUUGAGUCUAUUGUCGCCCACACACUUGUAGAACGCUUUUACCAAAAUGCCAGCAGCACCAGGAAUGCGACCUUCCCGGCGCGCUACCACCAGCACAACCAAGACCCUACAAGAACACACAACUUCCCUCAAUACCUCACGUACUUCGCAGUUCUUGAGCUCAUUGGGCUGACGGUACUGACACACCUGUCUCACCUCGCCAAGUUCUGCCUGACCGUGAUGAUUGCUGUCAUACAAGGAUGCAUUAACACGCUUAUCGUGAGGGAAUCCUUGGAUUAUUACGAUCAACGCACCUACGGCGUCAGCGAUACCAAUGUAGUGCACUCUGUAACUCUAACUGUGAUCGUAGUAAUUGUUGCCAUAUGCCUCAUCCUUAUUAAUCGACAGUUGGAAAUCACUUCACGGCGCCUAUUUUUGUGGCAGAAAGAUGUGGAAGCACAGCGAGAAAAAGUUGCAGAUAUGAGAGUAAAGAACGAAGCGCUCGUCUAUAAUAUCUUGCCACCUCAUGUAGCAAAACACUUCCUUGGACAACGCAAGAAAGAUGAGGAACUCUAUAGCAAGAGUUAUGAAGCUGUUGGUGUUUUGUUUGCCGCAAUGCCUAAUUUCUCAGACUUUUAUACCGAGGACUCUGUCAACAACCAAGGACUGGAAUGUCUUCGCUUCCUGAAUGAAGUCAUCUCGGAUUAUGAUGCUCUUUUAGAUCAAGAAAGAUUUAAAGCUAUCAUCAAAAUCAAAACAAUUGGUUCCACGUACAUGGCAGCGAGUGGAUUAACAGACGAUAAUUACGAUCCGAACGCACCAGUCAAAGUAAAAUGGGCUCACCUUGCUCAGUUGACAGAAUUUGCGCUCACACUCAAAGAAACAUUGGCUAAUAUUAAUAAAGAAAGCUUCAACAAUUUCUUGCUAAGGAUGGGUAUCAAUCAAGGUCCUAUCACAGCUGGAGUGAUUGGAGCUCGUAAACCUCACUAUGAUAUGUGGGGUAAUACUGUUAAUGUAGCAUCUAGAAUGGAAAGCACUGGAAAAGCUGGAUGCAUUCAGGUUGUGGAAGAAACAGCACGAAUCCUUGAGGAAUUUGAUUAUGUUUUUGAACAACGUGGUAUGGUUGCAGUUAAAGGUAAAGGUAAUCUGAUGACAUAUUACCUUUUAGGUCGCAAAUCUGAUUUGAAAAAUUCUCCAGUUAAGUCUAAUUUGGAUGAUAAGCCUGCUGUAGCAACUUCUUCAAGCUAAAGUGUGAGAAAAGUGCAUUUCAUGAAAAGAAAUCUGAGCUAAAUCCUCCAACACGCACAACACUGUAAAAAAAUAGGCAUAUGUGUCUCAACAACACUUCGUAUAGUUAAACCUUUCAAUUAUUCCAUAUAUGUCAGAACACAACCAGCACAACUGUUAACCUAAAGAAAAAAUUCAAAAUGCACAGGAAAUCUUAAUCUACAAAUCAAAUAUAAGUAGAGAAUAUACACAGUAUAUCCAGUAGUGUUAUGCACAAUAGUGAACAGCAGAAAUUGCAUGUGUAAAUGUAAAAACUUUAGAUGAUGUUGCAGAAAAGUUGUGCUGUUGCAAAAAUUAUUCAUCUGCAAACAGUUGCAGGGAAACAAGAUCAUGCUUCUUUAAAAGCAAUGGCUACGAUGGCAAUACUAUUUCAUGUGCUUCUUCAUACAACUACUUUAAGCCCAAUAAUGAGGUAUUUUAUGAUGAUUUGCUAAAAUACACAAGCCCAAUAAUGUACAGGUUGUGUACAGACAUAUUAGGCAAUGUGAAUUUCUGUAAUUUAACUGCUUAUUAUUCACACAGAUGUUGUAAAGAAAGAAAAUGUAAUAUUUGUAACUCAUAUCAAGAUUUUCCCUUACCGAGCUCAAUGACAUCAGCUUUCUUCAGUUUCUAGUUCAAUACUUUUUGUUGCAGAGAAUUUUUCAGUGUGUUGUUGAUGUGUUUAACAUUCAGAGAACAUAAUUGUAUAAUGAAUGCCUGCAAGAAACAACUAAGCAAAUGAUGUGUGUGUGUUGUAGAUUUCAUUUUGAAUUCCAUCAAGAAUAUGUAUGAAAGUUUCAUGGAUAUUAUCAUGACAUGAAUCAAAGUUAAUCAUGUUUAAAUCAAAAAUAGAAAUAUCAUUUGAAAGUCAAAUGUAGCAAAGUAAUGAAAUUAAAUGAUUUAUAUGGUGAGUGCUACGGACAAACAUGUGAAAGAAAAAAACGUCAAAAGAUAAACAGGCGAUACUACUUAUAAAACUUUCUCUUGUUUUUGUCAAAGGCAUUUAAUUGGUAAUAUGUUAUGCAGCCUGUAAAAGGAGUAAAUUAUGUGGUACAAAAGAAAUGCAACAGAAAUUUGAUUAUUAAUGCAGUAUCAUCAAAUAGUAAUUUCUCAGACAACAUUACUUUUAAUCAGCAUGGUUUUGCUUGAAUUGUAAAACUGCAUUGCUGCAAUUUAUUGUUUCACUUCAAAUAUAUCAAAGUGAAAUAAUCAAUUUUCCAAUUUUUAGAAUAUAAAAACAGUUUGAAUGAGUAUAUAUAUGUACACAUUAUUCCUGUAUAUCUAAUCUCUAUUUCUCAAGACACUUUUACAUUAAAACUUCUUAAAUAAUUAUAUAGUUAACUAGAAAUUCAAUUUUUAAAAUAGAUAUAUUUUCAAUUUCAUUGGGGCCAAAAAUAUAGGUUUCUUAGAAUAUUAGAAAAAUACAGUCUAUCCGAGCUUCACAAAUUUUGCACAAUUUUCACUGUAGUUUUUGAAAUUAAUUAUAUCUUUUUCUUUUAGACAUCUGCUUAAAAAAAAAAAAAAAAAAUUGCCACACACACACACACAAAAAUAAAUAAAUAAAUAAUUAUUUACUCAUGCAUGAAAACUUUUAAAGGAAAUUUAAGUUUUACAUUCUCUAUUUUUUAAGACGCUACAAUAAUGAAAUUACAAAAUACUUUACUUAAAUAUGAACUUAAAGUAUAAAAUAAAGAAACGGUAAUAAUAUUCAAAGUUAUAUCAUAAACUGCAGAUUUUGCUAAAUGUAGUUCAUGUUUGAGUAACAACUAAUAAUUUUAUAGUAGAGAAUAACAUAUAUGGUGAGAAUUUUUCACACUUCCCAUCCCAAGUGUCUUUUAUCCUUACUAAAAAAGAUCCUGAGAGAAAUAUAUGAUUUUUUUCUAGAAGGAUGAUGGUAUACUGUGAUGAUAUUCCUGAUACUUACAAAAAAGGAAAGUUUAUAUGGGAUGUAUAAUAAAUAAGCAAUCUUAUAAGCAAAGGAAUAUUUUUUUUCUUGUUUUGCAUAUUGGUCUACAAGAUGUGCCUGACAAUCUACUAGUUUCCAGAAAUUUCACAAAGUAUAAACUAUUUAACAUCACAGCAUUAGUUAUCCAAAACUGAGAGAAGUAUAAUGACAAAUGUAUUUUGAUAUGAUGACUAGUCAAAUAGAAUCAUGAAAGAAAGAUAAUGGCAUUGCUGUUUGUAAGAGAGAAUUGUAUUAAUUUUUCUUUUAAAUGGAAUAUACCUGCCAAGCUUUGUGUGCUAUUAAGACAGUAUUGUUUGAUUUAAAUAUGUAUGAAGAUGAUGGAUGUGAAAACUUGUACAAUAUGAAUGGUGAAUAAAAAUGUCAAUUUUUUUAAUUUA